CAUGUAAUGCGUGCUGCUAGUUCCUGUGGGCGACCUAUCGCCUGCUUUAUAUAUCCAGUGAUCUACUUGUUGUCACUGGCUUCAUCUCAGUCUGUCUGUCUUGACAGGGAUAAAGAGGCUUGUUGAAGGUACAGAAAUGGAUCCAAAAUGGACUUUGUCUCUCCUUGCUGCCAUCCUUCACACAGUGGCCAGUGCCCCAGAGUCUGUGUUUGCUCAAGAGGGAAACUCUGUCACCCUGAUCAUGCAGUGGCAUAACAACACAGAUAUAGAUAGUGCAGUCUGGUUUUUUAAUCAAUCAUGUGAUAUUGUUAGAUAUUAUCCAUAUUAUAAUAAAUCUCGUCAGGUAAGAGUUACAGACCCUUAUAAGGGCAGAGUAGAGUUUGAUUCCACCACCUUCUCUCUGGAGCUGACAAACCCACAGAAGAAUGACAGCGGACUCUACAAAGGAGAGAUAAAUGCUGAUGGAAGGAAGGCUGUUUCUGAAUACAGGCUCAAUGUUCUUGAGCAAGUAACCGCCCCUGUCUUGACUGUGGAGUCUGUCUUGUCCAGUGGUGACCUCUGUAAUGUGACAGUGACCUGUAGAGCUGGUGACCUCUCUCUGACCUCCACCUGUGACAUCAGCACCUGCACACAGGAGGAACAGACUGCACCCUCCAGCCUUGCCAUCUCUAUUAAAGAUGAUCUCAUAAUCUGCAACCAUAGCAACCCAGUCAGUUGGCAUCAUGCUACAGUGGAAUUGGAGAUGAUGUGUCAAAGUACACAACAUAAGAAACAUCAGAAGACCUCUAUAUGGAUCUAUGUUGCUGUUGCUUCAGGACUACUACUAUUCGUCCUUGUUGGGGGAGUUUUGUGUUUUCAAAUGCAUUCAAAGAAUCAAGCAGGCAGUUCUUCAGCAGUUAAUCAGUCAGUUGAGACCCGGAACCCAUCAUCAGAUGUGAAGAGGUGGAGUCCCUUCAAGUCUUACUCUACAGUCUCUUAUGCUCUGAAGUCCUAGUCCUGAGUCCAGUUAAAUGUCCUUCCACCAUUGUUACGACCCCCUGCGCCACUGCAGACGGUGUAGUGACCAUGCAUGGCAUGCAGGCGACAGCGCGGGCAACGAGUUGAUUGACUGAUUACCCACCUGGGGAGAUGGGGGGGAAUAAAAAGGACCAGUGGACACCUGUCUCUCUCUUGAGCUCUCUCUCAGCAUACAGACGUCAAACCCCCUAGACCCCGUCGUUUUUAUGUUAUACUUGUAUGUACUUAAUAAAUACACCUAAUUUUGUAAGAAAA